AUGAUCCUCCGAUUGCAGCGCCUUGCCUUCCUCACGGCCCUCCUAGGGCUCGCUUUUACGUCUCUUUGUUCUGGUGAGACGGUCGACAUACCUUCCGAUGCCACCGCAGCAUCUCUUGUUGCGUCAGGCAAGGCGGCACGAGCACGAGGGGCAAAUAGCGAAGCCCUUGCCUAUUUCGAUGCUGCCGUAUCAAAAGAUCCCUCAGACUAUAUCACGGUCUUUCAACGAGGAGCGACAUAUCUUUCCUUGGGGCGGAAUGCGCAAGCGAGUGCCGAUUUUGAUGCCGUGUUGAAGCUGAGGCCGGGUUUCGAGGGGGCGUUGCUACAAAGGGCCAAGAUCAAGGCAAGAAACGCAGACUGGGUGGCGGCGAGGGAAGACUAUCUCGCUCUUGGUAGUAAAGGAGCCGAAGAGCUCGCGCAACUGGAAGAAGCAGAAGGGGCGGCAUAUCUCGCCGUGGAGGCGGAGAAGAAGCAGGACUGGGAGGCGUGUAUUAACCAAGCAGGCAUAGCCAUCAUGACUGCUGGAACGGCACUCUCUCUCCGACAACUUCGCGCAAGAUGUCGCUUUGAAAGAGGUGAGGUGCAAGAAGGGCUGAGUGACCUCGCACACGUCCUCCAGAUCCAUCCAGGCUUGGUCGAACCUCACCUCCAAAUCUCAGCCAUGAUGUUCUACAGCCUAGGUGACACGGAGCGUGGCCUCUCGCAAAUCAAAAAAUGUCUCCACUCAGACCCCGACUCGAAGCCUUGCAAAGCACUCUUCCGCGAAGAGAAACGUCUACUGAAAGACAUUGACAAUGUCAAAGGCCUAAUGGAGAAACGCCAGUACAAUUCGGCCGCCAAAAUCCUGGUCGGCAAGGGUGAUGAUGAACCUGGCCUCCUGUCCGAAAUCCAGUCAAACAUUCAUACACACCGCACCGAUGGCAUCAUUCAUGCCAAAGCCCCUGCAGACUUGUACAUGACACAUGUUGAACAGACGUGCGAAGCCUACAUGGCCAUCAACAACCUGGCCAAGGCGACGAAGUAUUGCACGGAGGUCCCUGAUUCACUCUAUGGACUGUUGUUUCAAGCGGCACGACACAUGGAGUCUGAGGCCUACGAAGCUGCCAUCUCAACCCUCAACACAGCGCGUGAUAACUAUCCUGACGCUGGCAACACGAUCAAUCAGAAAUUGAACGAUGCCCAGGUCGCGCUGAAGCGGAGCAAGACAAAAGACUACUAUAAGGUCCUCGGAGUAUCGCGCGACGCUGACGAGCGUACCAUAAAGAAGGCAUACCGCACCGCGACGAAGAACUUCCACCCGGACAAGGCAGCCGCCAAGGGCCUGAGCAAAGAAGUAGCCGAGAAGAAAAUGGCGGCUGUCAACGAAGCUUACGAGGUUCUCAGCGAUCCUGAACUGAAAGCCCGUUUUGAUAGAGGUGAAGACCCCAACGAUCCACAUUCCAACCAGGGUGGCAAUCCGUUCCAAGGGAGUCCCUUCGGUGCAGGUGGACAGCAACAAUUCUUCUUCCAACAGGGUGGAUUCCCUGGCGGUGGUGGCCAGAGACAAUUCAAAUUCUCUACCGGAGGAGGGGGGCCCGGUGGUGCUGGAGGAGGUGGUUUCCCAUUUGGAGCCUUCCCCGGCUUCGGUUAG